AAUAGGCUUCACAUGCACUCCGCCUCAUCCUUUGCUUCAUCUCCUCCUCCUCCUCAUAUGAUCUGCUCCCCUCUGCCCGAGUGAUGUAGGGUCACGAGAACGGGGGGGGGAACACCUUCCAAGGAGAAAACACACAUGCAGUCAUCCAUCUGCAAAACACACACACUGAGCCCAUUGCUCAGAAGAUUUUGAGCUGCAUAAAGUUAAGUAGGAGAACAACAUUUCUCAUCAUUAAGCGUUCAAAUGGCUUGGAUGGGACAGAUGAAGCCACAAUACUCUGACCGCUAAAGAUCCUACCAGGAGAGAGGAGCAGUAAAGGAUAUUCCUUCCCCUCUGGAUCUCUGAAAGUUUAACAUGGGAUGAGCUUGCCAACUAUGAGUUAAGCUGCAUCCUGGUGCAUCCUGACUGAGACACCGGACCAGACCCCGAACCCUGGAGGGGCGGGGGUGUUGACCGGGAGGAAGAUGCGAUGCACCACCCUCAUCACCUUGCUGACGGGGGUCAUGCUGUACCUGGGCAUGGGAGCACUCGUUUUUGUCAACCUAGAGGCCCCAGAGGAGAGCAAGGCGCAUGAAACUCUGCUCAAAGCCAAGCAAGUCUUCCUCGAAAAUAACUCCUGCAUCUCUGAGGUGGACUUCCAGGAACUUGUGAAGAAACUAGUAUCUGCUAUUGAGGCAGGUCUGGAUAUAAGCAGCCUCUCUCCCAACCUGACCACCCACUGGGAUAUGGGCUCUGCUUUCUUCUUCUGUGGUACCAUCAUCACCACAAUAGGCUUUGGGAAUCUGUCACCUCGGACAUGGUUUGGACAGUUGUUCUGUGUAUGUUAUGCCCUGGUGGGCAUCCCCAUGUUUGGCUUCCUGCUUGCUGGAGUGGGUGAUCAUAUGGGCACGGUGCUGCGGAGAGCUGUGGCCAAGAUUGAGAAGCUCUUUUUGAAACUCCCAACAGUGGUGUUUCAGAAAGUGGAGAAGUGGUCUUUUCUGGAGUCGCUGUAUUUCGUGGUCAUCACCCUUACCACUGUUGGAUUUGGAGACUACGUACCAGGUCAAGGUGGAACGAUCUUCAAGCCUCUGGUGUUGCUGUGGAUAGUGUUUGGUCUGGCGUACUUUGCCUCCAUCUUGACAAUGAUAGGCAACUGGCUGAGGGUUCUGUCUAAGAGGACACGCGCUGAGGUGAGAUCUUUUAAGAUGGAGGAGUUGAGGGCCCACGCCACAGACUGGACUCAGAACAUGGAGUUCCGCAUCCCAAACCCCCUGGAAUUCAACGACCCAUUUCUCCUUCAACGACGGCGAUGGAAACGCAGCGAACGUCGUCGCAUCCGCCGAGGAGCCCACGGCACCCUGGGAUACUGGGUUCGAGGCGGUUCCAAGAACGGACACUUGCCAAACCGCUUUGCGGGCCUUUCCAGUUCCUUGUGCCAGCUAGAAGGUCCGCCCUCUAUAGAGAGGGCCGCGAUGUCCAAGCCCAGGCCACGGGCUAGCGGAGAGGCAGGUGUCCAAAACGCAGCGCUGGUAAGUAGAGCGGAUGCUGUUGUUGGUGUUCAGGGACAUGGAAGGUCAUGUCAUCAGGUUCUAGCCCGAUCCUUCUCCCUUCCCGUGGCCCGAUCCACUUCAGAGCUGGACUCCAGAACUACUGCCAUAUUGAAUGACUCCCUCUCUGGAUCUGAGUUUGCAUUUGACUCCAGGUCAGAUGGCUCACCUGAGUCCUUAUCAUUCUCAGUGCUACACAGUCUCCAACUCCCCCAUCCCCUCCGCAGGGAAGAUUGGGGUGUGAGAGCUAUACAAACAGUCACGGAACAGGAAAAAGACCAAAUGGUUUUAAAGAAAUCUGGAUCGGAAUCUACAAGUGCCUGCAGUCAAUCCCUCGCUGAGAGUGCUUCCUUUUGCCCCCGCCCUCACACACCUGAAUUACAUCCUCCCUCCCCUCAGGGUUCUGCUGCUUCUUCACCAGACUGUCAGUUGCUGGAUUUCUUUGGAGAAACCUUGGCCUACAUUGAUGAGUCCUCAGACACACUGAGUGACCUCACUGAGCCAACAGCAAGCAAAGAGAAAAGGAGACGCCCACAUAAGCCCAAGCGGAGGAGCAUGAAGAAAGGAUUGUCACCCGGAUGGAGCCUCUUGCGUCUGAGGAGGCCAAGCCUGCAGCCACCCUCUAAUCCCCCAACCCCACCUCCAGACUGUUCUUCCUCAGAUCUUUCGGUAUCAGAGAUCCAGACAGACUCAAAUCCUGGCCUUUGA